AUGCCGCCCCGUUCUGAUAGUCUAGAAAUUAUUGCACAGCCAUGCUAUACUUCAAAAUUGCGAACUCUCAAGGAUAAUCUAAAAGAAAAGCGGCGCAAUACUCUCAAGGCAAAAAAUAAAAAUUCUCCUUUUACCGGUCCAACAAUUCGUAUUCCAAAGCGUUACUUUAAUGCUACAGAACAAUAUUAUGUUGGUAUUUUUCUUGUGACAGUUUUGCAUGAAAAAUCAAAUUGUCGCUAUAUACAUCCAUAUGAACUGAAAGAUAUUGAUCAUGAAGAUCGGCGAGAUCAACAUAAUAACGCUGUUUGGUUUCCGACCGAAGAUGAAGGUCCGGAUGGUAUUAAAAGUUUUCCAGGUUUACGGAUUGAUAAAAAAAUUGAACAGGAAGUGAAAAACUAUGGUGCUCUACAUCUAUUUGAUGGCGAUUACUCAAACUCGUUAAAUAAUCUGGUUUCAGAAUUAACUUCUGGAAGAAAAAUAGUUCAAGAAUACAAUCUUAAAAGAACUCAAUUAGCAUUUACUAUUGGUACGAAAAUAAAUGUAAACGACAGCUUUCCAACAAUUCUUAAUCCUCAUUUAACGAUCUAUUCGGAAGAAAUGGUGGAAGAUGCUGAGAAAGAAACAGUUGAAGAUACGAAACUUACUGAAUCAGUCACACAGCCAAUUUUGCCACCACCUGAGUGUCCUUGGUACAAAUACGCACCACGAUGUGGUUAUACAACAGGCGAGGAAGAGGUGCUUAUUUUCUAUAAAAAGAAACUUGAAGAAAACACAUAUGGAAGUAAUAAUAAUACUUUUUCGAAUUAA